AUGGAGGACAGAGGUAGGACCGGUUUCCGCGAAGGCGGCUGGGGUGCGGAGCAGGGACCUAUAGAUGACGUCAGGGGGUCUAACCCUAACGUGAUGGGGAACGGCGGAAGCUUUUCCGCCAGAGGGGGAAAUGGAGAGGAAGGGGGAGCAGAAGCGGGGGGGUCCGAUAAAGGCGCGGGAAGGGCGGCGGAAAGGGAGGAGGGGAAGGAUCGGGCUUGGGGGAAUGGCCUGGGGGAAGGCGCGGGGGAGGACGAGCGGAAGAGAAAAGGGGGAGCGGGGGAAGAGGACGACAGGGGUUUCGGAAGGGUUUGGGGGGAACCUGGGAGAUACGGGUGGGGCGGAGGGCGGAGGGAUGGCGGGUUUGGGGACGGGGGUUUUGAUGGCGGCGGGGGUUUUGGCGGAAGAGGAGCGGGGGAAGCUGGGGGUGGCGCACAUGGGGGGAGAGGCGGGAUGGGGCGCGGAGGCAUGGGAGGGGAGAUGGGGCCGAUGGGAAUGGGGGGGAUGGGCAUGGGGCAUAUGGGGGGACCGAUGGGGCCAGGUAUGGGGGGCAUGGGGGGAGGCAUGGGCGGAGGGGGGAUGGGCGGCGGGGGGAUGGGGGGAGGCAUGGGGAUGGGUAUGGGAAUGGGCAUGGGGCAUAUGGGCAUGGGGAUAGGGAAUAUGGGGGGAGCGGGCGGAAUGGGAAGCAUGGGGGGGAUGGGCGGGAUGGGGAACAUGGGAAUGGGCGGAAGCAUGGAUAUGAUGGCGGGGGGAGGCGGAAGAGGGAUGCCUAUGGGCGGAGGGGGAGGUCCGCCUAUGGGCGCAGGGCGCCCCCCUAUGGGCGGAGACGGCAUGCCCAUGGGCGGAGGGAUGGGCGGAGGCGGAAUGGGCGGAGGGGGGAUGGGCGGAGGCGGAAUGCCCAUGGGCGGAGGUCCAGGUAUGCAGAUGGGGGGAGGUCCGGGCGGAAUGGGGGGACGGGGCAUGCGCAUGGGUCCGCCUGGGGGAAUGCCCAUGGGCGGAGGGGGGCCGGGGCCGGGGGCAGGAGGCGGGGGAAGCGGGGGAGGCGGAGGCGGAGGCGGAGGGGGAGGCGGAGGCGGAGGGGGAGGCGGAGGCGGAGGGGGAGGCGGAGGCGGAGGAGGAGGGGGAGGGGAAAACCGCCAGAUGGGCGCGGGAGGGCCUGGAGGCCCGCACAUGGGCGGAGGGAUGGGCGGAGGCAUGAGUGGAGGCAUGGGCGGAGGCAUGGGCGGGGGAAUGGGCGGAAGGAUGGGCGGAGGCAUGGGAGGAAGGGGCGGCAUGGUAACGCCAGGGGGGCGCAUGGGGUAUGUGGCAACGCGGGGGAAGUCUAGGGGGGCGCAGAACGACUAUUCUCAACACUUUGUGGAUACGGGAUACAGGCCGCAGAACUUUAUACGCGAUAUGGACGUCUCUGAUAGGUUUGAGGAGUAUCCGAAGCUGAAGGAGCUUAUAACGAGGAAGGAUCGGAUUGUGGCGGAUGCGACCACGCCUCCUGUGUACCUUCAGAUGGAUUUGAAACAGGUCGAGUUGACUCCUGAAAUAUUCGGCACCAAAUUCGAUGUCAUUUUAAUCGAUCCCCCCUGGGAGGAGUAUGUGAGGCGGGCACCAGGCAUGGGGGAUGAGAUAGAAUGGUGGACGCCUCAAGAAAUAAUGGCGCUGAGAAUUGAGGCCAUAGCCGACACGCCUUCUUUCGUCUUCCUGUGGGUGGGGGAUGCAGAGGGGUUGGAGUAUGGGCGCAUGUGCCUCAAGAAGUGGGGCUUUCGCCGCUGUGAGGACAUCUGCUGGGUGAAGACCAACCGAGAGAAGCCUGAUAGCCCCUGGGGGCACACGUCUGAGACGCUGUUCCAACACUCCAAGGAGCACUGUCUGAUGGGCAUCAGAGGCACUGUCAGGAGGAGCACGGACGGCCACGUCAUUCACGCUAACAUUGACACUGAUGUGCUUAUAUCGGAGCAGCCGCCCUUUGGGAGCACGGAGAAGCCUGAGGAGCUCUACUCCCUCAUCGAGCACUUUGCUCUCGGGCGACGGCGCAUAGAAUUGUUUGGCGCUGACCACAAUAUCCGGGCAGGUUGGCUGACCGUGGGGAAAUCUCUCACCUCCUCAAACUUCAACCCACAGACCUACUGCAAGCUCUUUGCCGGACCAGACGGGAAGGUUUGGCAAGGCACGGGCCGAGGCAAUCCCCCGCCUGGAGCGCCGCACCUGCUGGUUACCACGCCUGAGAUUGAGGCUCUGCGACCCAAGGCCGUGGUGGAUGCGCCAUCUGUCCCGCUCCCAUUGGCCUUCGACCUGUGGUUGGACCGAGAGCUUAUCCCUUCCUGGAUGCCCUGGAUUGCUUCAGUAAAAGUGCGGGACGACAAGCCAGAGCUCUCCACGUGGACCCUCCGUUACACCGCCUUUGGGCAGAACCUCGAGUUCUCCUGGCUCGCCAAGAAUUUGCAGCCCAUCCACCAUCAGAAGAUCCACUGGCGAUCCCUGGAUGGACUCCCCAACAGAGGGGCCGUUCGUUUCUUCCCCAGUGGUCCUAACGGCUGCAAGCUGGAGAUGACAAUCUCUUAUGAGAUGACAAUCUCUUAUGAGGUGCCGGGCAUUCUCGUCCCCGUCGCAAAUGUAUGUUUCUUUGCCUUCACUUGUCCCCCCCCCUCUCACCGCCCUCUCUUCCUUGCCCUCCAACCCCCCCCUCCCUGCUGCUCAUCCUUGCAGAUGACAAUCUCUUAUGAGGUGCCCGGCAUUCUCGUCCCUGUCGCGAACAGCCUAUCACCAUUUGUGCAGAGCAUCAUUCAAACCGACCUUGAGUGCUUCGUGAGCCAAGCGCCAUUGGUGCAGAGCAUCAUUCAGGCCGACCUUGAGCAAUUCGUGGAGUUUGCACAGUCUGAUCCCUCAUUCCUCUUUCUUCCUCACUCCCCUUUCCUCGCCCCCAUCUCUCCCCUCAUCUCCUUACCCAUCAGAGCCUAG